UUUCAGAGUCGCCCGCAACUGGUCCUACUGUUGAUCUGGCUGUAGUUGCUCUGCUUAUUUUUAUUUUGUUUAGUAAUUUAGAAAACAUAAUAUAAGAUCACAGUGUUUAUACCGUAAUAAUUUUGAGAUAGCCGGACGACACACAACAAAAACAACAAGUACAAUAACGCUUUUGGCUUUGGUUCUGCACUUUUAACCCACAAAAACCCACCUUACUGUACUUUCCCCACCCACCACCUGUCCCACUUCCAACCAACCAACAACCCACCCACUUGAUUUGACUUUGAAGAAACCCAAAAGCAAUGUCGGAUCUCUUUACCACUUUCGAUAGCAACGGCGUCGCCGAGCACCACCUGCACCACAACCACAACUCCACAUCGUCCGCCAGCGGACAGCUCCAAGACCCACCCAUGGCCUCGCCCUCCCAGCACAGUCCGAUGACCAACAACAGCAACUCAUCCUCGCAGAACGGCGGUCCGGUUUCCGGUUUGGGUACGGUUACGGGCACGGGCACCCCAUCUGGUGGUAGCAAGUCAUCCAAUCACACAUCAUCCGCCGCCGGCUCCGAGAACACUCCCAUGCUAACCAAGCCGCGUCUCACAGAACUCGUCCGCGAGGUGGAUACCACCACGCAACUGGACGAGGAUGUUGAGGAGCUUCUGCUCCAGAUCAUCGACGACUUUGUCGAGGACACCGUCAAGUCCACGAGUGCCUUCGCCAAGCACCGAAAGUCCAACAAGAUUGAGGUACGCGACGUACAGCUGCACUUUGAGCGGAAGUACAACAUGUGGAUACCCGGCUUCGGUACGGACGAACUGCGUCCCUACAAGCGCGCUGCCGUCACGGAGGCGCACAAACAGCGCCUGGCCCUCAUCCGGAAAACGAUCAAAAAGUACUAGAGGAUUGGGUCGGAUCGGGUCGAGGCUCUGUUUUGGUUUGCCGGAUUUUGCGUAUGCCACCCGUGCAUACGCCACAAAUUAUUUUAAGCUCCAAUUUAGAUUAAAGAAUAAAGUACGCCGUUCUAUUGUAGAUUUAAUGUAAUAAAAGUAAACUAUUGAUUUCACAUUCAACAA